AUGGCACAAGAUUUUCUCUCACGUUCCGGAACUAAUAGUCAGGUUGUGAGUUUAAAUUUAACAAAUCUAUUUAUAUUAGUAUUGCUAAAAGCAUUAAUAUAUGCAGCUGGAACUUUAGGAGCAGGUGCCUUCCAUGGACAUGGUCAUGGUCAUGGGUAUAGUUUUGGUAAAGGACGUAAUAUGGAGGAAAAUACCAUUUUACCUCAAAUUUCUGAAACUGAAUUAUUAUUAUACAUGGGAUAUUUGACUGGCGAACCAGGACAUUAUGAAUGCUUACAUCAAGUUAUGUGCAAACAACCUGAAUUGGCGAAAAGCUAUUAUAAUGCAGCAAACUUAAUGUACAACACAAUUACUACAUUCGAUAAAGAAGCCGUUUCCCAACAAUCAAAAUAUCAGCAAUUGUUAAAUACAACAAAAGAAGCUGUUGAAUUUGGCGAACAUGGUGGACCAUGCGAAAUGCGAUAUCCUUGUAAUAAACCCAAAUAG